UAUAGCCAAUAUGGUUUAACGAUCAUUACCUAACAAGUACUUGAUUAUUGCCAGAGAUUCCAUCAAAAAUUGCUCUGUCUUUGCUCUCCUAAAUGUCAUGAGUAUGUUUAGUAAAUUUACAGCCUUCUUACAUCAGGCAGCCGAGGUCACCAGUCAAGUAUUGGCUCCUCAAGUGUCCAAACAUGAGGACUUUGAAGCCCACUGGAGAGCAAUCACAGACAUCAUGUCUAUUGAUAAUGACGCAGACGUCACUAUCAAUUCGACAGGUGUGGGCACUCGACUCAAUGAGAUGAUGGACAUUCUCUGUCGGGAGGAGGAGGAGAGAAACCCACGUGACCCGGGAACCAUGGGCCCUUGCAUGGAGUUUGUGCUGAGGCACAAGAUUCUUGACACACUAUACACAAUGGGCAAGAGUGAUUAUCCUUCAGGGAUGAGUCAUCAAGUAUUAGUGUUCUUCACGGUCACCCUGGGCCGCAUUGAGAGGCCAAUAUUGCACCAUGUCAGCAUUCAUCAGCCAAUUCUGAAACAAGUGGACAACUGUGGACUCAAGCUCUCUAAAAAGUUGUCAGCUGAUGAAGUCCAAUUUAUACAGACUCUGUGUGUAAGACUGCAGCGGGACUGUAAACUGGCAGACUUCUUCAUCAAGGAAGAGGGCUCGAAGAAGCAGUUUGUGAUAGCGGAUGCCUUGCUGAGGCUAGUCCACAGUGAAGACAAUGUGGUAGUCAUGAAGGCCUACGAGUGUCUUCUCACCUGUGUCUCCCUGCAACACACUACCAUUACCGAGGCAUUGGCUGCUGGACAGUUGCCCGUGCACCUGGCCUCACAGCUACAAUAUCAUGUGCAGCUCAUUCCCACCAGCACACACAUUGCCGUCGUUCUGGACUGUCAAGCUGGAUGGGGCAUUGACUAUGCUACCAGAAGACACACUGUUGACCACUCCCCUGCUACCCACGGCUUGUGGCACGUCGAGGCCUUUCUCUCCUGGCUCGACUUUUGUGAACAAAUAGUGGGUGUGUCCCAGGAGAUUCUGGCUAAUGUCGUGUGCUUCACCAUCCACGAGAUGCUUCUCAGUGUCUCCCUCCUCCACAGACUCAUUAAACCGUCAGAGGAGAGCAUUCUAGUGAGCACAGCUGUACUGGCCAAGUCUGUUCAAACACUCAAUUGUAGGAAACUUUUGGAAGAGUUUGUGGUGUUCAUUUUGAGGGACCGCUGUGAUCCGAGGGCCAAAUCUGACAGCCCUCUACUGGUAGACAUCCUGAUCAGCAGGAUUGACCACAAUAACCAUGAGAUUUGUCAAGUCACUUUGCAGCUGUUUGAUGUUUUGUUGUCUUCUCCUCUAUCGUGUGUUCUCCAAGAGCUCUUCCUCUCUCACUGGUCACCCGUAGUAACUCAGCCUACAUGUAACUCCACACUUACAUGUAUCAUGGCCAACACAAGCCCCACCAACUCCAAUUCAAUCGCCAGCUCCACAACUUACACUGACUCGACACCUGUCACAGCCCACACAAGCCCCUCUAAAACACCCUCCACACUCACAUUUAUUUCUGAGGAAAAUCUCUCACCUGUCAAGAAAGAACUCGAGGAGCAAAUGAAAGAAUACUUAUCUCUUCUGCCUGAGAGUCUGUUGUCUUGUGAGCAGGUCUCAGGAAGUCUGGGACUGGAGCAGUACCUUUUUGAAGCACAUCAACAGGUAGCUCACUGCAGAGCAACAAGUGCCAGCCUGUCUGCUAGUACCCAAGAUUCAACCUCCUCUUCAGAAUCCCCCUCCUUCCCUCAGAGCCCUGCCCAUCCCCUGGCUGAGGGCCCUUUUCUUACUGCGCUCCUCAACAAACUAGAGUGUCUCCUCGAUCAGCCGUAUGAAGCCAAUCUGCUGCUGACCUCUGUACUCUCUCGACUAGCCUGUUUCUCUCACCCAAUGAUAGACUGGCUCUACUCAACUCACUCCAAGCACAGGGCCAGGAACGUAUACUCAAUACUCAUAAAGCUGAGCAGUGAGCUUCAGGCCAAUGCUGAGAGGAGUCCUGGGUUGGUACUGAACAUUGUGGAGGCCCGGAGGAGACUCAGUGGACUAGCAACCUCUGACCUCCUCAGCAUGCCCCAUAAUGACCUGCUUGAGGGAGCCAUUGUCUUGGAAGAGUUAACGAAGGAGCUGUCAUCAAUCUUUUAUGCUAAAGCGACCACGGCCCUGUUAAUGCUACCUCCUCCCGAUCUAUGAUUAUUAAGUGAACUUGAGAUUUUUAGCUUUCGUUUUAUAUCACAACUGCUCAGGAUGCAUUAUUAUAAUAUUAUGUGUUUGAUCAUACCAAACAGUCAUAGUAAAUUGUAACGUAUGUAUACAGUGACAUUAUCAGGGGUUUCCCCUGGAUACAUAAUUUGUUGCCAAUUUAGCA